AUGAAUCAAUCAUCAGCUACCUUCAACGAUACCGACAGCGAUACCUCCAACGACCAGCCUCCAAGCAAGAUUUUUGGUCAACGAAUAGAGACAUUUACCCUAGAAUCAACCAAGCACAUCCUUGUCAUCUUCAACAAGCAAGGGAGUAUCCGCAAAACAUCAACUCUACAGAGUCUUUUACCGGAGUUAAUCGAUCUUGAAUCCAAAGUAACAUUCCACGAACGAAGCGCCGUCGCAAUAUUGCUAUUGCACAAGCAACCUAUCACCCGCGCGGCACUCUCGAAAGAAUACGAUGUGGCUGGACAAGAGGUCUUUACUUUAGGGCGUCGAACUUGCCAAAUUUGCUAUGAAGAUCUACCCGCGAGGAUGUUCAGAAAGGGUUAUGCUAAUUAUGAAGUGGGCGGACUUUCGAAACAGUGCCUUUUUCAUGGCUCUCACAUUGUUUGUACGACUUGUGUGGCAGCUCAUGUGGCGAUGCAAUUUGAAAGUACUCAUUGGGAUAAUAUCAAGUGUCCACUUGUCCGGGAAAGUUGAAGAUGGACACUGUGCUGACGUACUUAAGCGGGCAGAUGCUUGCCAAGUAAGCUACCUCUUUGAUAGGUACAGUACUCGUACUGUUUUGGUCCUAUAAAAUGAUUCCAAGGACUAAUAACACAAAAGCUACAAAGAGUAUAUGAGCACCUACGCCCUGCGCAAUCUGCCCGGAUUCUCUUGGUGUCUCUCACCUGGCUGUCGGUCUGGACAAGUUCAUCUUCCGGGUGACGAGUCUCCAAAGAUGACUUGCCAAAAAUGCGGAUUCGAUACUUGUUACUCUCACCAACUACCUUGGCACGAUGGCAAAGCAUGCGAGGAAGUUGGGGGUUUGAAAUUGAAGGAGGAUAGGGAAUCAGAGGCGUGGAUUAAAUCACAGACUAAAGCUUGUCCAAACUGUGGUGUUGCUACUAUAAAAGCGGGGGGAUGUGGUGGGAUAUAUUGUAAGUCUUGCUUGGAAGAAUGCUGAUUUGUGAGAUUCUCAUGCAAGUUGAUUGACUGACUUUAUAGGUCGCUGUGAUGUAUUUUGGGAUUUUGAGACAGGGAGUAUCAUCGCUUGA